UGCUCGGUGCUAGCCAUGGCAAAUGGCAGCGGCGGCGGCGGCGGAGGCGGCGGCGGCGGCGGCUCCAGCAGCUACUACUCGGGCGGCGGCGGCGGCGGCGGCGGCAGCGGCAACAUUAGGAUGAACAGCCCCAUCAGCGGCAGGCUGAACACGGACUCGUACUCGGCGCCCGCCAGGGCGUCCAACGCGGUCAUCAUCCCCAUGACCAUGGAAGUGCCCUGCGACAGCGGGCAGCGCAUGUGGUGGGCCUUCCUGGCCUCGUCCAUGGUCACCUUUUUCGGGGGUCUUUUUAUUAUCUUGCUCUGGAGGACCCUCAAGUACCUGUGGACCGUCUGCUGCCACUGCGGGGGCAAGGAGAAGGAGGCCCAGAAGAUAACUGGCAAUGGCGAGACCCAGGCAGAUGGGGAUUUGAAAGGCACAGAUGACAAAGAGGAAACGGUGGCAGCAGAAGUGGGCUGGAUGACCUCUGUUAAAGACUGGGCAGGGGUGAUGAUUUCAGCCCAGACCUUAACUGGCAGAGUUCUUGUGGUUUUAGUCUUUGCUCUUAGUAUCGGUGCUCUUGUAAUAUACUUCAUAGAUUCGUCAAACCCAAUAGAAUCUUGCCAGAAUUUCUACAAAGAUUUCACAUUACAGAUAGACAUGGCUUUCAAUGUGUUCUUCCUGCUCUACUUCGGCUUGCGUUUCAUAGCAGCCAAUGACAAGCUAUGGUUUUGGCUGGAAGUAAACUCUGUGGUUGAUUUCUUCACUGUUCCUCCUGUGUUUGUUUCAGUGUAUUUAAACAGAAGUUGGCUGGGUUUAAGAUUUUUGCGAGCUCUUAGGCUGAUUCAGUUCUCAGAAAUCUUACAGUUUCUGAAUAUUCUUAAAACAAGUAAUUCCAUCAAGUUGGUGAAUCUGUGCUCAAUAUUUAUUAGCACAUGGCUGACAGCAGCUGGAUUUAUACAUUUGGUGGAGAACUCAGGGGAUCCGUGGGAAAAUUUCCAAAAUAACCAAGCACUUACAUAUUGGGAAUGUGUUUAUUUGCUAAUGGUUACUAUGUCCACGGUUGGCUAUGGAGAUGUUUAUGCAAAAACAACACUUGGUCGUCUUUUCAUGGUUUUCUUCAUCCUCGGGGGAUUGGCCAUGUUUGCCAGUUACGUCCCUGAAAUCAUAGAGUUAAUAGGAAACCGCAAGAAAUAUGGUGGUUCCUAUAGUGCGGUUAGUGGAAGAAAGCACAUUGUUGUCUGUGGCCACAUCACUUUGGAAAGUGUGUCCAACUUCCUGAAGGACUUCCUUCACAAGGACAGGGAUGAUGUCAACGUAGAAAUUGUAUUUCUGCAUAAUAUCUCCCCUAACCUUGAGUUGGAAGCUCUUUUUAAACGACACUUCACUCAGGUGGAAUUUUUUCAGGGUUCAGUUCUCAAUCCGCAUGACUUGGCUAGAGUAAAGAUAGAGUCAGCAGAUGCUUGCCUAAUCCUUGCCAACAAAUACUGCGCAGAUCCAGAUGCUGAAGAUGCUUCUAAUAUUAUGAGAGUAAUUUCCAUAAAGAACUACCAUCCAAAAAUAAGAAUAAUCACUCAGAUGCUGCAGUAUCAUAAUAAGGCCCAUCUGCUAAAUAUUCCAAGCUGGAAUUGGAAAGAAGGUGAUGAUGCCAUAUGCCUUGCAGAGCUUAAGCUGGGGUUUAUUGCCCAGAGCUGCCUGGCACCGGGCCUAUCGACAAUGUUGGCAAACCUCUUCUCAAUGAGAUCAUUUAUAAAGAUUGAAGAGGACACAUGGCAGAAGUACUACCUGGAAGGAGUUGCUAAUGAAAUGUAUACAGAGUAUCUCUCUAGUGCCUUUGUUGGUCUGUCAUUCCCUACUGUUUGUGAACUGGUCUUUGCAAAGCUAAAGCUCUUAAUGAUAGCCAUAGAAUACAAAUCAGAGAAGCGGGAAAGCAGUAUAUUAAUCAAUCCUGGAAACCAUGUGAAAAUUCAAGAGGGUACUCUAGGAUUCUUCAUUGCAAGUGAUGCCAAAGAAGUGAAAAGGGCAUUCUUUUAUUGCAAGGCGUGUCACGAUGACAUCACAGAUCCCAAAAGGAUAAAAAAAUGUGGCUGCAAACGACUUGAAGACGAACAACUGACAACCAUCUCACCCAAAAAGAAGCAGCGAAAUGGAGGCAUGAGAAAUUCACCCAACUCGUCACCCAAAUUGAUGAGACACGAUCCUUUAUUAAUCCCUGGCAAUGAACAAGUGGACAACAUGGAUUGCAAUGUGAAAAAAUAUGACUCCACAGGGAUGUUUCAUUGGUGUCCAGCAAAGGAGAUUGACAAGGUUAUUUUGACACGAAGUGAAGCUGCUAUGACAGUCCUCAGUGGCCAUGUGGUGGUUUGUAUAUUUGGAGAUGUGACGUCAGCGCUGAUUGGACUAAGAAAUUUUGUGAUGCCGCUCAGAGCAAGCAACUUUCACUACCAUGAGCUCAAACACAUUGUGUUUGUUGGCUCCCUUGAAUAUUUAAGGAGGGAAUGGGAGACCAUGCAUAACUUCCCCAAGGUCUCCAUUUUGCCUGGUACACCAUUAAGCCGAGCUGAUUUAAGGGCUGUCAACAUCAACCUCUGCGACAUGUGCGUCAUCCUGUCAGCCAAUCAGAAUAAUAUUGAUGAUACUUCGCUGCAGGACAAGGAAUGCAUCUUGGCGUCACUCAACAUCAAAUCUAUGCAGUUUGAUGACAGCAUUGGGGUCUUGCAGGCUAAUUCCCAAGGGUUUUCACCACCAGGAAUGGACAGGUCAUCACCUGACAAGAGUCCAGUGCAUGGCCUUCUCCGUCAGCCCUCCAUUACAACGGGAAUUGAUAUCCCUAUUAUUACUGAGUUAGUAAAUGAUUCAAAUGUUCAGUUUCUGGACCAAGAUGAUGAUGAUGACCCCGAUACAGAAUUGUAUCUCACACAGCCUUUUGCAUGUGGAACUGCCUUUGCGGUCAGUGUGCUGGAUUCCCUCAUGAGCGCAACGUACUUCAAUGACAAUAUUCUCACACUGAUACGUACGCUGGUAACGGGAGGGGCCACGCCAGAGCUGGAGUCACUGAUCGCUGAAGAGAAUGCACUGAGGGGCGGCUACAGUACCCCCCAGACUCUGACCAACAGGGACAGGUGCCGGGUGGCUCAGCUGGCCUUGUUGGAUGGACCUUUUGCAGACCUUGGGGAUGGUGGUUGUUAUGGAGAUCUAUUUUGUAAAGCUUUGAAAACUUACAAUAUGCUAUGCUUUGGAAUAUACCGAUUAAGAGAUUUCAAUUCAAGCACGCCUAGCCAAUGCACGAAACGUUUUGUUAUAGCCAACCCACCUUAUGAAUUUGAGCUUGUGCCGACAGACUGGAUCUUCUGUUUGAUGCAGUAUGACCAUAACGCUGGCCAGUCUCGAGCUAGCCUCUCCCACUCUUCUCAUUCUUCCUAUGCGUCUAGCAAGAAAAGCUCUUCAGUCCAUUCUCUCCCAGCUACUGCAAAUCGACAGAAUCGCCCUAAGACCAGAGACUCCAGGGAAAAGCAGAAGUACGUGCAGGAAGAUAGACUUUGAUUCAUGUAUCUACUCUCACUGUGUGUGAAGCUGUAUCCACCACUCAUACUUUCCUAAUUGGUGUGUCCAAUAAUAGCUUCCCCAGUUCUCCCUGGCAUUCCCCAUGGAUUUCCCAUUUUAUACACAUAUUUGGCAUAUGUAUAACAGUGUGCAUGUGGUUGUCAUUUUUAUUUCAAUACCAUGAAACCCUUAAGCACAACAGCAACAAAGCAGACGGACCAAACAUAAUUUAUGACGCAGAGCAGAUUGAAAAGAGUGAAGAGCAGAUGUGAGUAACUCCCUCCUAAAACUGCUCUAAAUAUCAGAACGACUUGCAUCUCUAGUGUGGUCACUGAUUUUAGAAGCCAACUCCAGAAACAAAGCUACCUAAUGUAAGAGUUGGGGAGGGGGACGUCAAAGUCACACACAUGAAAUUGGGAUUUUCCCCAAUGGAAUAAUUUUGCAAGCAUCAAUGAAAUGAUGUACUAAGGAAAUGAGGAAAUUCAAUCUCUUGGACUGCAGACAGCAUGUGCCUUGCACACUGUUUUUCUUUUUUUCCAUAGUCUUACAGCAUGUGCUUUUAUACUAAAGCAACAUUGGUAUCCCAGUGCCUUCUUCCCUUUAAUACCAAAAUACUAAAAAUGGUCAGGGAUAUAGUUUUCCAGUUGUCAUGAUUUAACCUUUUUUUUAUAAGGUUCUAAUUGCAUAUUAAAUUCUGUCUAUUCUACUACACGAAUAACCAUAUUUUCUCUCACUUUUGACAUUUGGGAUGAAGAGCUAUGUGUAUCAUAAAUAUUGAAUGCAACUCAUUAGAAUCUUCCUUCCCGAGACUGUUACUUCUAACAAAAGGUGAAUUUGUCACCUGAUGUACAGAAUAAAUGGGGUAAAAUCUUCCCCCACAUAUCAAAGGAGCAUAUAUAGAACGUUCAAAACAGAGCAGAAAGUUUUCCUUAUUUGAGUAUUAGCCCUCUGUGGACUCCUUCUCCCUACCUGGAGAGCUUAAUUUAGUGCUAUGAAUACCUCAACAAAGGUAUACACCUUGAAGAAAAGAUGGGAUCAGGUUUUAGCUAAUGGACUUGGCAAGGCUGUAUAAUAAUGAAAUCUACCAGCUGGUUUUAACAGGUGAAAGAAGCCAUCAAACAGACUGCCUUAUACUUCUUUACAUUGGUAAUCACUCCAGUAGAUUUGCCAAAUCUCACUUCCUUAUUAAGUGUUUAGUCAGUGUUUUCCAAACACUGGACCACAUUUCAUUUUGGAUCCACAGUGGAGACCUAUUUCUCUCUAUCACUCAAAAAGAAUCCACUUCCAGAAGAACAGGCAUCCAUAUGUAACCAUAGCAUAUUUUUUGUUAAUAUGGCCCCCAGCAUUCUUUCUGCCUGCCCAUUUGCUACUAAAAUGAUCCCAUAUUUCUGGGUACUGGUGAUGCUUCAUCGAUUCCUCCCUGCUUGCCAGUUAAUCUGGCUGUAUUAUUGGCAGGGUGUAUACGUACAGACAACAUUGCUGCAUAAUACUUCCCUGUUGCAACAGGUAUAUCUACAGACCACAUGAUAAAAUUAAUACACCCACGGAGUGCUUUCUUUUUUCUUUUUUUCUUUUUUUUUGAGACAGAUUUUAGUUUUACUUGCAGUAUGCUGAUAUCCUCAGCAAAACAGUUUGAGAAAAUCCUGUUCUCAAAACAUAGACAGGGUGAACUGAUAUUUCACAGUUCUUUGCAUAGGUGAUAUCUAAAUCCCAAAUAUAUUUACUCAUUACUCUGUUUUAUUAGUUUCAAGUAAAAGCACUUAGUAAUGUUGUUUGGCAAGACACUGAUCAAGCUAACUGUGUUGCAGUCAAUUAUUUGUGACUUGUAGGAAUGGAAUCAAAACUGAAUGUCCAGAGAAGAUGUUAAGUUUCUAAGCUAUCAGCACUGCACUUUGGAAUUCUGCACAACUUUAUUUUUCCAUUGCAGAAAGCUAAUUCCUUGCAGUUGUAUGAUUCCUUCCCUACCCUCUUUUCUUUUUAUAGAGAGAGCUAGUCGGUUGCCUUGCAUGUGCUCUGUGUUUUAGAAAGUAUGUUGGGGGCGGGAAGAGUUGCUAGAUAGACAUUUCCUUCCCCUCUGCUUCUCCCCAAAGCAUGUUGAUUAUAAAAGCUUGCUGUGUGAAUUGACAAUGAAGCCAAGCACUUUUACUGACAACCUCUGGUUUAAUACAAUGAGAGCUAUGCACAAAUACUUCCUCUUUUGAUCCUGAUGAUUUGGAAGAUACAAUUUCUGGAAAUCAUUUCCGAUUAAUAUUCUUCCCCUCCCAAUCAGCGUCCCUGUUCCAGCCCCAGCUGGAAAGCAGUAUUGUGGUCCCCUUCUGCCAGUGCUUGAUCAUGGAGGUAAAUUAAUGUACUUUUGCAAAAGAACAGGCCCCCACCCCCUGGUUUGCCAUUAGGCAUUUUCUAACAGAUGCCAAGGAUGUGCCAGUUAAAGUGCUCAAUGGGACAUGUGACAGUUUAAAAGCCUUUUAAAACUUACGUAGCUUACUUCUCUUUCUAAAGUGCAACAAGGAUGAAUAGGAUGGGCCAAGGUAUGACCACUGCUGGUUCUGCAUGAGCUAGAAAACUGCUAUGGGGUUUUCCUUCUACAACUUCGUCCUUGUGAAAACUUGUGACACAUUAAAGACCACAUUACCAAACUU